UAAUUUUAAUAUGAUAAAAUUCCAAAACAUUCCACUUCGUUAUGUUUAAUAUUAAAAAAAAAUGAUAAGAAACAAUAAUUUUUUAUCAAAUCAAAGUUCAAUAAGCCGACUUUAAUCAUUCUAAAAUACUCUCUACUUGGGUAUUGAGGCGUAAAUUUCGGUUGAUUUAGCACAAAUAGUUAUUGAAAAAUGGUUGUAAACAAAAUCUCACUUCUUGCUGAUUUUCCACCUGGUCCUUUGGAUCGUUAUAGAAAAAGUGCCUCUUUUAAUUGGAAGAAUAUGAGAAUAUUUUUGGAUUCGAUGCAAGUUAUAGAAUUUAUGGAUAAAUUAUACAAUGAACUUAUCCAACAUACCGUUUUUCAAUCACCAAUAACAACACCCCAAUUAGACGAAUUAAGAAGAAUCGGUGUUCAUAAAAUGUUUACGUUAAAUAGUAUCAAAGAAAUUUCUGGUAAUAUCAUGAAAAAUAUUGCGGUUAGUAAUAUUUUGUAUAACAUAGAUCAUGCAACAACGGUUAAGUUACACAUUAAUUUUGGAAUGUUUCCCAACACUAUACUUUCUUUGGGUACCUCUAAACAUAUUAACUACGUUAAUGAAAUUAUGGAACGCAAGAUUUUUGGUUGCUUUUGUUUAACCGAAGUUGGUCAUGGUACAAAUGCACGUGGUAUGCGAACAACAGCCACAUAUGACCCUGAGGCACAAGAAUUUAUCUUAGAUUCCCCCGAUUUCGAAGCAGCAAAAUGUUGGGCUGGCGGAUUAGGUCAAACAGCGACUCAUGGGGUUGUUUUCGCACAAUUAAUAACUCCUGAUGGUGUUAGGCACGGUUUACAUUGCUUUGUAGUACCUUUAAGAAAUCCAAAAAGUUUUGAACCUUACCCAGGAAUUUCCAUUGGAGAUUUAGGCGAAAAAGCUGGAUUAAACGCGGUUGAUAACGGCUUUUUAAUGUUCCACAAAUAUCGUAUCCCCAAAGAUAAUCUUUUAAAUAAAAACGGCGAUGUAACAGCCUCUGGGGAAUAUAUAACACCAAUCAAAGAUAAAAAUAAAAGACAUGGUGAUACAUUAGGCGGAUUAUCAGUAGGAAGAAUCACAAUAACUCAUUCCUCCGCUGUUUACUUAAUGAAAGUUAUUACAAUCGCAAUUAGAUAUGGGGCUGUUAGAAAACAAUUUGGACCCGAACACGGCGAAGAAUUACCAGUUCUUGAGUAUCAAUUACACCAACAUAGGUUACUUCCAUAUUUAGCAACGGCUUAUUGUGCUAAAAUAGUAUCUGAGUUUAUGUAUAAACAAUUAAUUAAAUUAUCUAGAAUUUCAAAAAAACACGAUCCUUUAAUAGGAAUGGAAUUGCAUGUUUUAUCUUCCGCUUCUAAACCGGUUUUUUCGUGGACAACUCGUGAUGUUAUUCAAGAGUGCCGCGAAGCUUGCGCCGGGCAUGGUUACCUCAAAGCUUCCGGGAUAAGCGAUGCCAGAAACGAUCAUGACGCAAAUUCUACUUAUGAAGGUGAAAAUCACGUUUUAAUCCAACAAACAACAAAUCAACUGUUGAAAUAUUGGCCCGAUGUACUUAAAAGAGAAACAAUUAAUUCUCCUUUACGAUCGAUGGACUUUUUCAAUGAGGGGCUUCAUAUUUUACAAACUACAUGGACCCCUACGUCAGUUCAACAACUAUUCGAUAUAGAAUAUAUCAUCCAUACAUAUGAAUGGAUCGUUAUGUAUUUAUUGAAAUCUACUUAUGAAAGAAUUGAAAGAUUAAAAAAAUCCGGGUUAGAUCAAUUUACAGCAAAAAAUGAAGGACAAGUUUAUUAUGCCAGAAGUCUCGCUAUUGCCUAUAUUCAACAUUUCACUUUGACCUGUGUAAGAGAGGAAAUUCUUGAAGCGACAGAUCCAGCGAUCGCAGCGGUUUUAACAAAAUUAGCAAACCUUUAUGGUUUAUUCAACAUUGAAAAGCACUUUAUAGGGCAACUUUACCAAGGUGGUUACGCUUCCGGUCCAGAAAUUAUCACUUUAAUUCAAGAAAGCAUCUUGCAAUUAUGUAGAGAAAUCAAACCUGAUGCUGUAGCUUUAGUUGACGCGAUCGCCCCACCUGAUGUGUUCUUACGAUCAGCAAUUGGAGCCUCAGAUGGACAAGUUUAUCAGAAUUUGAAGAAUAGCUUUUUACGUAAUCCUGCUAACAUGGCCAAACCGAGUUGGUGGGAAGAAAUUGUUGACAGAAAAUAUUUAUCAGCAAAAAUGUAAUUCUAAGUUUAGAAAUAAAUGUGUAUCAUAUGUUUUUAUAGUUUUGUUGAAAAGAAAUAUGUAAUAACAAAUUAAAUUAUAGAAUGCACCAAGGUGUGUGUGUAUAAUA